AAUACAGGAAGAGCUCUGACAUCACUGUAGUUCAGAGAAAGUGAAAGUGAAACUAACUUGGUGAGCAAACAUAUGCACUCCUGAAACGACCAACCACUUUAAACAGCAGAAUACUGAGUCUUUCAGAGACCCUUGUGGACACACCUGAUACUCACAGCAAUGUCGUCCUCCAUGAGUACACUGUCUGAGGAGAUUCAGUGCUCUAUAUGUCUGGAGGUGUUCACUGAUCCAGUCACCACUCCAUGUGGACACAACUUCUGCAAGAUCUGUCUGAAUAAGUGCUGGGACAACAGCCAGACCUGCAGCUGUCCAUACUGUAACGAAACAUUCAAGCAAAGACCUGAUCUCAAGAUUAAUACCACACUCCGAGAGAUUGUAGGGCACUAUAAGACGAAAAGUCCUGAGAAAAAGCCUGAAGUUCUGUGUGACAUCUGUGAGGAAAGAAAGCUGAAGGCGCUGAAGUCGUGUCUGGUGUGUCAGAGCUCUUACUGUGAAACUCACCUGGAGCCUCAUUUGAGAGUGGCAGGUUUGAAGAAACACAAACUGAUGGAUCCUGUGAGUAAUCUGGAGGACUAUAUAUGUCAGAAACACGAGAGACCUCUGGAUCUGUUCUGUAGAGAUGAUCAGACAUGUGUGUGUUCAAUCUGCACUGUGACAGACCACAAGAACCACAACACUGUUGCUAUAGAAGAGGAGAGUCAAGAGAAGAAGACUGAACUGAUGAAGACACAGAAAGACGUGCAGCAGAUGAUCCAGGACAGAAUCAAAAAGAUUCAAGACAUCAAACACUCAGCAGAAGUCAGAAAAAGAAACACAGAGAAGGGGAAAGCAGUCCAUGUGGAGCUCUUCACUGAUCUCAUCCGCUCCAUUGAGAGACAUCAGACUGAACUGCUGGAGAUGAUGGAGGAGCAGCAGAAAGCAGCAGAGAAACAGGAGCAAGAGCUGAUUGAAGAGCUGGAGCAGGAGAUCACUGAGCUAAAGAUGAGAAACACUGAGCUGGAGCAGCUCUCACACACUGAAGAUCACCUCCACCUCCUACAGAUUCACUCAUCCCUGUGCAGCCCUAGAAACACCAGGAACUGGCCUGAGAUCAGUAUGAAGACUCAUGAGAGUCUGGAGACUCUGAGGAGAGCUCUGACUCAACUGAAGGACACUAUAGAUGAGAAACUCACACUAACUGUCUCUACAGAGCUGAAGUGGAUGCAGCAGUAUGCAGUGGAUGUGACUCUGGAUCCUGAUACAACUCGUCCUAAACUCAUCCUGUCUGAAGAUGCAAAACAACCAUCUGGUCUGAGCGGUCCUCAUAAUUUAGGUCAAGGUCAGCGCGAGAAGGAGCAGCAGAAGAUCAGCGCGAGUGUUUCUCUCACUGAAGACUUGAAGCUGAAUAAAGCAGAGAAGGUCACAGACACAGUAUGGCGCAGCGGGCGUGCCGACAAUCCCGAGUUCUUGAAGACACAGGAACUGUUCAAAUGCAUGCAGAGCAUCUUGAACAAACUGACGCCCCAGAUGUUCCAGCCGCUGAUGAGGAAGGUGAGCGAACUGACCAUCGACACAGAGGAGCGCCUGAAAGGAGUGGUCGAGCUAAUCUUCGAGAAGGCCAUCUCUGAGCCCAACUUCUCUGUGACCUACGCCAACAUGUGCCGCUGCCUGAUCAGGCUGGAAGUCCCCACCUCAGAUAAACCUGGAAUGACGGUAAAUUUCAGGAAGCUGCUGCUGAAUCGCUGUCAGAAAAAGUUUGAGAAGGACAAAGAUGAUGAUAAAACAUUUGAGAAUAAGCAGAAGGAGCUGGAUGCUGCUACAGGGGAAGAAGAGAAGCAGAGGUUGAAGGAGGAGCUUGAGGACGCCAAAGACAAAGCCCUGCGACGAUCGUUAGGUAACAUCAAGUUCAUCGGGGAGCUGUUCAAGCUGAAGAUGCUGACGGAGGACAUCAUGUACAUAUGCAUCAUCAAGCUGCUGAAGAACCACGAUGAGGAGAAUCUGGAGUGUCUCUGCUGCCUGCUGUCCACCAUUGGGAAAGACCUGAACUUCCAGAAGGCCAAGCCCCAAAUGGAUCAAUAUUUCAACCAGAUGGAGAAAAUUAUUAAGGAGCGGAAAACCUCUUCCAGAAUUCGCUUCAUGCUGCAGGACUUUCUUGAUUUACGACGGGUAAACCAUCAAAAUAGUGCUCCUGACGACGGCUGGGAGACGGUUCCCAUCUCCACCAAGAACAGACCCAUCGACACGACACGACUCAGCAAGAUCACCAAGCCGGACGCUUGGGACUUCAAUAAUCAAUUCACAAAAAAUCUUCCUGGAGGUAAAGGCUCAUGGGGCAGUUGGGGCAAAGGCAGCAGCAGGGGCUCAGGAUCCAAACCCAGUGACAGCACCCAGGAUUCUGGUCGUACGAGCACUUUGAACCGCUUUUCAGCACUUCAGCAGCCUUCCUACUCUUCAUCAUCAUCAGCCACCAAAAUCGACUCUGACAGGAGGGUUCCUUACAGGAGCAGUUCAGGUCCGGAACACAGCCUUCGUUUCAUCCGGGGCGAUGAACGUAUGGACUGCGUCGGUGACCGCUACAAUCGACGUAACGACCUUGGAUUUGACCGAAUGGACUGGAUCCGUCCCACGGUCGGAAAGCACCGCUUUAGCCGUGAAAAGGAGGAGAAAGGUUUGGAACGAGAGAUGCUAUGGCGCGAGAGAGACCGAGAACAUGGUGAAGUGAACAGUAAUGUGAAGAGAGAAUCUGUUCCCAAUCCUCCACCUUUUUCCUCCAAACCUGCGCUGACGGUGGAGGAGAUGGAGAAGAAGUCCACUGCCAUCAUCGAGGGAGUGGAGUUCACUCUGGGUGAGGAGUGUGUGAGGAAGAGCAGUAAAGUGACUCUGAGUCCAGAAGAUAUUUCUAGAGAGCUGGAGCGACUCCUGAAGGAGAAAGCAGACAACCAGAGGAUCUUUGACUGGGUGGAGGCCAAUCUGGACGAGCAGCAAACAUCAUUGCACACGUUUAUCCGGCCGCUGAUGACUGCUGUCUGUCAGUCUGCCAUCAUCUGUGAGAAUCCAUAUAAACUAGACACUGAAGAAAUGACCCAGAGGGCCGAGCUGCUGCAGCGCUACAUUAAAGACGAGCAGAAGGAGCUGCAGGCGCUCUACGCCUUACAGAGUCUGAUGGUGCAGAUGGAGCAGCCACCGAAUCUUCUGCGCAUGUUCUUCGAUGUCUUAUACGAUGAGGACGUCAUCAAAGAGGAUGGCUUUUUUCGCUGGGAGUCCAGCAAAGAUCCCGCAGAGCAGCAAGGCAAGGGCGUGGCCCUAAAAUCAGUCAGAGCCUUCUUCACCUGGCUGCGCGAGGCCGAGGACGAAUCAGACAACAGCUAGAGCUUAGGCAACACCCACUGCAGAGAUGACUGACGUGAUUAAGGGGCAAGGAAAAACUAUAUUUUGGUGAAAGAAAUAAUGAAACAAUUGGGACAUUUUCAACAUCUUUUAGUUUGUUUUGGCUUAUGUUUGCGCAAAAAAAGCUGUUAUACUGUAACUAAAUAAAGUAUUAGAGAAUGACGAGCCAUUUAUACAGUAUAUAGCUGCUCAGUUUAUAGUGUUUUGACCAUUAGCUUUGCUACUUCCUGUUUCCUGUUCCCGCCUCCAUGGAGAGAGCAACCUGUAAAUACAUGUUUGUUUGUUUUUAUGUUUUUUAAUAAUAAAAAUGAUGAAUUUAAUGCCAUGUAUACAUUUUUUACUUUUUAUUCUGUAUUUAUUUUACAUUUAUUUUAUUUUAUUUUUGCGGUUUAAACUCCUGGCUUGUAUGAUUAUACUAAUUAUAUUGUUAUUGUUUGUGUCAUGCUUUCCUUGCCCUCUUGUCUUUAUACGAUUGGUUCCUCUUGUUCAUCGUGUAAUGUUCUGAUUGGUUUGUCCUGUCAUUUAUCAGUUAUGUUUAUUCGUUGGUCGUCUUAGUCAUGUGGCUUGUUUCCCAUUGGUUCGUUCAUGUCAUGUGUCUAUCUUUGUCUGUUAUAAGUAGUCAGGUUUUUGCUCUUGUGCCUUUGUCGUGUAUUAUUAAUGUAACCUGCUGUCGGUGAGUCAAGUCUGUUCAUGCCACGCCAAGUCUGGUCAAGUCUUUGUUUGGAUUUCACUUCUGUAAAUAAACUGCUCUUGCCUUCAGUAGACUAUUCGUUACAAUAAUAAAGAACACUGCAAUGAAAAAAGGACAAAAAUGUGUUGUUACUACCUUUCUGUUCCAUUUCUUAAAGGAACAGUUCACGCA